AUGCGUGUCCUUCGGGUCAGGCCGGUGCUGGGUUCCGUUACCUCGACCGCUUCCUUGCCGCAGGCGGAGCCCGCCCUGGCCCGGCAGCCCGCGCGGGAGGGCCGCCGCCCUGCCGGGGAGUUUCCUCUUCCUCCAGCAGCGCGGCCGGGGCGGGAGGAGGAAGGGGAAGGGGCAGAGGCCGGGGCCGGGAAGGCUCCAGCGCGGCCGCCGCCGUCGCUGGUGCGGCAGGGGCGGAGCGGCGCGGGAGGCGGCGCCAGCGGCCGGCGGGGCCCGGAGUCACCGUGUCACGGCGCCCGGGAAGCCGUUGCCGCCGGAUCCGCCCCCCGCAGGGCGAGCGAGGAGGCAGGAGGAGGAGAAGGAGGAGGAGGGAGGCCGGCUCCUCGCCGCCUCUUGUGUUUUCGCCCCCUUCCCGGCCCAGCCCCGGCCCCUCUCCUCUCGCACCGGGGCGGCGGCGGGGGGCGAGGCCGCAGCGGCGCCCGAGCUGCCCGCGGGAGCCCCGGGACGGGCCUGGGCCGCCGUCUCUGGACUAGGAUGUCCCGACAUGAAGGUGUCAGCUGUGAUGCAUGUUUAAAAGGAAAUUUUCGAGGUCGUCGGUACAAGUGUUUAAUUUGCUACGAUUACGAUCUGUGUGCAACUUGUUAUGAAAGUGGUGCAACGACAACAAGGCAUACAACUGACCACCCAAUGCAGUGCAUACUAACAAGAGUAGAUUUUGACUUGUACUAUGGUGGAGAAGCUUUCUCUGUAGAGCAGCCACAGUCUUUCACUUGUCCUUAUUGUGGGAAAAUGGGGUAUACGGAAACAUCUCUUCAAGAACAUGUUACUUCUGAGCAUGCAGAAACAUCAACAGAAGUGAUUUGUCCAAUAUGUGCAGCAUUACCUGGAGGGGAUCCGAAUCACGUAACAGAUGACUUCGCAGCUCAUCUUACACUGGAACACAGAGCUCCUAGAGAUUUAGAUGAAUCCAGUGGCGUUCGGCAUGUACGUAGGAUGUUCCACCCAGGCCGGGGUUUGGGAGGCCCCCGUGCUCGUAGAUCAAACAUGCACUUUACUACCAGUUCCCCUGGUGGGCUUUCGUCUUCUCAGAGUUCAUAUUCUCCAAGCAAUAGAGAAGCCAUGGAUCCUAUAGCUGAGCUUUUAUCCCAGCUGUCAGGUGUGAGGCGUUCUGCAGGAGGACAGCUCAACUCCUCUGGCCCUUCUGCUUCUCAGUUACAGCAGCUGCAGAUGCAACUGCAGUUGGAACGACAACAUGCACAGGCAGCAAGACAGCAACUGGAGACUGCACGCAAUGCAACCAGACGCACCAACACGAUCAAUGUCAACACCACUAUGACACAAUCUACAACAACAACCAACACAUCUAACACAGAAAACAGUCAGCAGACUAUCCAGAAUUCCCAGUUCCUUCUGACAAGGUUGAAUGAUCCGAAGAUGUCAGAAGCAGAGCGUCAGUCAAUGGAGAGCGAACGGGCAGACUGCAGCCUGUUUGUUCAGGAGCUUCUACUGUCCACCUUGAUGCAGGAAGAAAGUUCCUCCUCAGAUGAGGAUGAGCGGGGGGAGAUUGCAGAUUUUGGUGCUAUGGGCUGUGUAGAUAUUAUGCCUCUAGAUGUUGCUUUAGAAAACCUAAAUUUAAAAGAGAGUAAUAAAGGAAAUGAGCCUCCUCCACCUCCUCUUUGAUGACAUCCCACUUUGCAGACAAUGUCCUCUGUGCUGUAUUUGCCAAUGAAAGUGGACAACAACUAUCUUGGGUUUGUUUUGGUGAUUGUAAUUUCAGGUCUGUCACUCUUGUUACAUUGUGUACAUUCAAAAGAAAGAGAGAAAAGAUAUAUAUGAUAAUCAUUUCCACUUAACUAAUUUUUACUUCUAGCAGGUAAUGUAGGUUGCAGAGCAGAAGGCUCUGUAUCCUGUACCUUGACAUGCAAAAGGCUCUCCUAAUACUCCACAUUCAAACUGAAGAGGAAAAAAAAAAAAAGAAAAAUCUCUAAUGAAGCUGCUGUGUGUAUUUAUGAAUAUUAAUGAAUAAAAACUGCUUGGAUGGUUUACCUUAA